AUGCUCGCUCUUACACCGCAACUUUCGACCAAAAUGUCUUCUGCUGCCACCCCCCCGGACACCGAGCCUUCGCAGCUCGUACCCGGCGUUUAUAUCCUCCCCGAAAUCUUCCUGAGCAUCGUUGAGGGCGCCGUCGAAAUUGCGGAGCAUGGCGCCUUCACGGACGUCAUGCAAUGGGAGCUCGGCGCCUUGAAUGGUAUCAAUGACAGCCACCGUGUGGUCCUCAACCCCCUCUGGUACGAGACCUUGCAUCGUUACCGCGCCAGAUGCCUCCAGCGUUUCGAGCUCCUGCGCACACUCACCCGUGUCAAUGGUCAAGCGCGAAGGAUGAUUCACCGACGCUUCCCCCGGGUCGAACAGUCGCUCCAGAUGGCGGGGUCAAGGCCGUGCUUCAAUUUGGCGUGGAUCUGUCCUAGGUUCGACAUAUUUGUGCUCAGAAUGGACCUUGGGAACACUCACCUGCAGGAAGCGCUGCUUAACCCUCUUGUCAUGGCCCCCGAUCUGCCUCUCAUUAACAGUGUCCAGAUCGCCGCAUUCCAGUACAUAAUCCUGACUACAUCCUCCGUACGCUUCAGACAGCCCUCUUCCGACUGGCCGCCCCCUAUGGGAACGGUGUUACCAAUCGAAGUAAGUCUCUUCCCCAUCCUGAAACGCUGGGUAGCUGUCGAAGGGCAUUGUUUGGAGGAUCUGUGCAAUCUAUGGGGACCACUUUGGGAUCGCGGAAUCCGCGUCAUGGUCAGUGAGUAUAAACGGAACUCUCAAUACCAUCCUGCUGUUGAGUUCCUGGGGACACCAAAAGGCUUGCGGAUGCGUUUUGUGGACCGGGAUCAUGUUUACUCCUAG